AUGCCCGACAUCGCCACCCCAAACCUCCCCUCCCGGGACUUCACCACCACCUCCGCCUUCUACAGAAAGCUAGGCUUCGCCGAGACCUUCCGGGACGAAGGCUGGAUGAUCCUCAAGCGCCCCAGCACCAGCACCGGCACCGGCCUCACCCUCGAGUUCUUCCCGCACCCGGAGCUCGACCCGGCCGCCAGCUGGUUCAGCUGCUGCCUGCGGCUCGACGACGUCGACGCCUUCUUCGCCGAGGUCCUCGCCGCGGGCGUGCCCGAGGCCACCGUCGGGUUCCCCCGAGCGCACCGGCCGCAGGGCGGGGACGGGGACGGAGGGGGCGCCCUGCUCGACCCGGACGGGACGCUGCUCCGGUUGCUCAAGUCGCAGCCUGCUGCCUAG